AAAUUAAGUGUACACUUGUCAUUUUCUUGUUAAACUAGGUUCAUAAGGGAAAGCAUCUCAGUACUUAAUAUUAAUAACAAUAAAAUAAAAAUGGCAGAUUCAGCCACAGAAAUACCAAGUAUCCUGGAAGAGAGUGUUAAGGAAACCGUCAAAAAUGUCACGGACAAGCCGCCCACAAGUAUUGAGGGUCUUGCUAUCGCAUACUUGAGUUUAGUUAUUAUGGCUAUAUUACCCAUAUUUUUCGGGUCAUUUCGGUCUGUAAAGUAUCUGAAGGAGCAAAAGGAGUCUGGCCAAAGUCAUGAGACGAUGUCCAACAAGGAUGCACUCAUGUUCCCACUCAUUGCAUCCUGCGCCCUCUUCGGUCUCUACGUGUUCUUCCAAUUCUUCUCCAAAGAAUAUAUCAACCUUCUUCUCACUGGAUAUUUCUUCUUCCUCGGUGUGCUUGCUUUGAGCCAUCUUCUUAGCCCGAUCAUAUCGUUCAUGGUGCCGGCGUCGGUGCCCAACGUGCCGUAUCACAUCCACUUCACGCGCGGUGAGCGCGACGGCCGCACCGACAUCGUCAACUACAAGUUCACCUCGUAUGACGUCAUAUGUCUCAUCAUAUCGCUCUGCCUCGGCGCUUGGUACCUCUUCAAAAAGCACUGGAUCGCCAACAACUUAUUCGGUAUUGCAUUCGCCAUCAACGGGGUGGAACUGCUCCAUCUGAAUAACGUGGUGACAGGGUGCAUCCUGCUCUGUGGCCUGUUCCUCUACGACAUCUUCUGGGUAUUCGGUACCAAUGUGAUGGUCACAGUUGCCAAAUCUUUCGAAGCGCCCAUCAAAUUGGUGUUCCCCCAAGACCUACUAGUCAACGGUUUCAACGCGAGCAACUUCGCUAUGCUCGGCCUGGGCGAUAUUGUGGUACCGGGCAUCUUCAUCGCCCUACUUCUCCGGUUCGACAAAAGCCUGAAGCGCGGCUCCGAGUUCUACUUCCGCGCCACCUUCUCCGCGUACAUCCUGGGACUGCUGGCCACCAUCCUGGUGAUGCACAUAUUCAAGCACGCGCAACCCGCGCUGCUGUACCUGGUGCCGGCAUGUCUGGGCACGCCGCUCACGUUGGCGCUACUGCGGGGUGAUAUCAAUGCUUUGUUCAAUUACGAAGAUCAACCAGCAAUACCUGAGACAGCGGCCAGCGACAGCAAGUCAAAGAAGACUGAGUGAAUUGCAACCUUAAUGCAUUCAUAAGCACAAACCGCAAGCACACUUGUGUUUUAAGUACAUUACAAUAUAUAUAUUUAUUUUUUUACAUUCACGACAAUGCUACGGGACCAUUAUAGCAUGGACGAGUUAAUUUGCAUUUUAAUUUAAAUAAGGGGAUGUCUAUUAUGUAAAGGCUGUUUUUUUAUUUGAACCCCUUAAUCCCCUUUGACAAGAUUGAAUGACCCCUUCCGCCCCUUAAGUGCGAUUUAUGGCAAUAAAUUAUUUUGCUUUAUUAGAAUGUUUUAGUGAAAUAACAUGAGAAUUAAAAGUUGAAAUAAAGUGGGAAAGAUAAAUUAAAAAUCUAUAAUAAGGACGCCCUCUAAAAAUAAAUUUAAAGCUGACUUUAGAAAAUGAAAAGCUGACAUUAUUUACUUCCCUUGUUCUUCCAUGGUGUUCUUUGAUGUGCAUUAAGGUUUACAAGUAUGAUUAAAUUGUUAUAUUAAUCCGAAUUUCUCAUACAGGUGCAGUUGGUAAAAGUAUAUCCAUAUGAAAUACAGUGAUAGGUUUCAUGGAACUCCACCAUUUUCCCCAUAACGAAAACUAUGUAAAUAAAAAUUAAAUGCUAGUUGAGAACAGCUGGACUGAUUUAGCCAAUUUAUUAUAUAGCUCGGGUUUUUAGGUAGAAAAAUGUAGAAUUUGGACAGGAUGUCUGUUAAAUUAGCUAGUUUAGAAAACUGAAACUUUCAUACUAAAAUGAUUGUGUGAAUAAUAAAAAAUAAAAAAAAAAUUAUGACAGUUAACACACUAUUUGUAUUUGUCUGGAAAUUUGUAUAUAUGUUGUAUUUAUAAGAAAAAAUAUAAGUUUUCAGGUCCCCAUAGUCGUUUAGUUUGGGAUUAGAUCAUGCUGAAUAUAUUCAAGUUUAUUUUUUUUAGGUUAUUCAGUUUUAUGAAUGCUAUCACUGAGUUUUUUAUUGUACACUUUUUUCAACUAACACUGUACGUUUAUUGGAAUUGGCCAGAUAUUUAUAUACGGUCGAGGUCGAUGCAUUUCAGAUAUUUUUUAAUUAAUAAUAAUUUAUAAAUAUGACUGCAAAAAAAAAAAAUAUCUGUUGGAAUUUUCCCAACAGGGGAAAAGCAAUAGGUUAUAUGUGACAUACAUUCUUAUAUAACUUAAUAUGUAACUCCUAUUUUGUUGGGCUCUGACUGCGCUGCGCUAUUGUAAAAGAGCCCUCAAUACUUUAGUAAAAUAGUUUCAUUCAAUUAUGUACUUUUAUACUUUUUUUUUUUUAAAUCCAAUAUGUUAUUGUAUAAAAAUAUCUAAAAGGCUAUAUUGGGUAUAGCAAUUGCUUUUCGCAUUCUCAUAAUUAGGUUGUAUAUUAGAAUAGAGAUGGAUGUUUUAUAAAUUAAAUAUAUUGGACCGUGUAAACAUAACACUGUUAUUUAAAAUAUAUUUUUUUAUUUUUUUUUUUUUGUUUUCUUAUAUUUUUUUUUCAAAGUUCUAUAUCUUAUGUUGAUAAUUUUCUUAGAAAUCAUUGUAAAUAUGUAUUAUUUUCAUAGAAGAAUUGUUAACAUUAGUUAAGAUUUUGUUUUGUUAAACCAAUUAUGGUCAGGCCGAGAUUUUUUUUCAAUUUUCAAGUUACCAAAACCGUCACAACUGUAAGGAAAUCGCUGUUGUCCAAUAAAAUCUACUGUUUCGAUGAUCUAUACAUAUAAACCAUAAUGAUAAGAUACAAUAAACUAUUUACAAUACA